AAACAUAUCAUGAAAGAGAAGCUAAGUCUUUGCAUAUUAAUGCUGACCAGCUUGGGAAACCACAAAGAAUCUCUUGAUACGGAAUUUGCCAAGUUAAUAGAAAUUUUGAAGAGAUUCAAACUAGAAUGUGUUUAUUUCAGAAAAGAACUACUUUCCAGUCAGAAACAACUAGAAGUCAUUCAACAACUGCAACAAGAUGCUGUCAACCAGGAAGCCAUCCUCAAGAGGAAACUUCGAGAAGCUAGCCAAAGACCGGAGGACGCAAAAGAACAGGUUAAGGAUCAAGAUUGGGCAACCCACGCUGUCAGUGAAAAAGCUAAGUCUUUACUGCAUGAAUUAGAGGAAGCAGGAACAAUUCCGGAACAACGGAACCUCCAGACUGUAAAUACUGAGCUAUCGAAGACUUGCCAGAUACGUGAGCAGAAAACGAGGAAACUGAAAACAACAAAUGAAUCACUUCAAAAGAAGUUAAUUGAAGGGCGACUCCACAGCUUGCUGUCUCAGAGUUGUUUAGAUGAAGAAUUUUCACACUCCCUUCUCCUGACUUGUGCAAAUACAAUUCAACAGCCUCUUCAAGAAAAGUUGCAGUGUUAUCACAGAUUGUCCAGUGGCCAAGGAGCUAGGCUACAUCAGACACCCCUCACUCUGAAACUUACGUGCUGGUCUACACCUCUGCUGGACGCCUUGUAUCUGGACAGUCUUACAGCAAUUCCAAGGCUGAAACUGACACCCUUCUCAUGUGUAACUAACAGUGUCUGUGCUUCACGUGAAGGGCCCCAAAAUGGAGAAAUAAAGGAUGGUGCUUUUGAUGUGACAAGACGACACAAGUGCUCAGGCCCGACAGCUCGCUCCAGCCCAAGAACAGAGCUCUCAGGCUGCAGCAGGAUGAACGAUGGCCUAAGUAUGGAAGAGAAUGGUGUUGAACACUCAUGUUCUAAGAUCCAACCACAGCCCAGGGAGUACCCCACACUGCCAUCAUCCAGACACCCUUCCUCCACAGACAGCACUGUAACUUCCAGUGACACUGGGUCAGAGAUUUUGAAUAUGGCUUCUAGUGACCCAUGCUGUAAACCCCUCUGUGAAAAACAGGAGGACAAAAGAACAGCUUCUACCUUGAUGGAGACCCAAGGCACGAGGCCAGCUCAGGACAAUGUGGCGUGCCAAGGCCCUGUGAGUAAGGAUAAAGCCAUAUUCAGUCUGGAAGUGAAAGAGGAGCCCGAGACAAUAGCUGCACCUAGGAGAGAAUGCGCUUCAGGAGACACUGCCGUUUGCCCUCUUCCCGUAACCACUGUGAAAUCAGUUAACUUUAAACAAAGUGACAACACUUCUGCUAAUGAAAAGGAGGUGGAGGCAGAAUUUCUCAGAUUAUCUUUGGGAUUUAAGUGUGACUGGUUUACACUGGAGAAAAGAGUGAAGCUUGAAGAGAGGUCCCGUGACUUGGCUGAAGAAAAUUUGAAGAAGGAAAUCACUAACUGUUUAAAGCUAUUGGAGGCUUUAACACCUCUGUGUGAUGAUGACAACCAGGCUCAGGAAAUCAUUAAGAAGCUGGAGAAGAACGUAACGUUUCUUAGCCAGUGCACAGCACGAGUAGCCAGCCGGGCUGAGAUGUUGGGAGCUAUUAACCAGGAGAGCCGUGUUAGUAAAGCAGUUGAAGUGAUGAUCCAGCACGUAGAAAACUUGAAGAGGAUGUAUGCCAAAGAGCAUGCAGAGCUAGAAGAACUGAAACAGGUUCUUUUACAGAAUGAAAGGUCUUUUAACUCUCUUGAAGACGAAGAUGACUGCCAAAUUAAAAAGCGUUCAGCUUCUCUCAACUCCAAGCCAUCUUCUCUUCGAAGAGUGACCAUUGCUUCUUUACCCAGAAAUAUUGGAAGUGCUGGAAUGGUGGCUGGGAUAGAAAAUAAUGACCGAUUCAGUAGGAGGUCAAGCAGUUGGCGUAUUUUGGGGUCAAAGCAGAGUGAACAUCGUCCCUCAUUACACCGCUUUAUUAGCACCUAUUCCUGGGCAGAUGCCGAAGAUGAAAAAUGUGAUCUAAAAACUAAAGAUGACUCAGAACCACCUGAAGAGGAAAUAGUAGAAAGGACAAGGAAACCAAGUCUUUCUGAAAAGAAAAAUAAUCCAUCAAAGUGGGACGUCUCCUCAAUUUACGACACGAUAACUUCCUGGGCAACAAGCCUCAAGACUUCUAUCGGCAAGGCUAACAAGGCACUCUGGCUCUCGGUGGCCUUCAUUGUCCUAUUUGCGGCCUUGAUGAGCUUCCUCACGGGCCGGUUCUUCCACAAGUCAGUGGAUGCUGCUCCCACACAGGAAGGGGACUCCUGGGUCUCUCUAGAGCAUAUCCUGUGGCCAUUUACUGGACUCCGACACAAUGGGCCACCACCGGUGUGACCUCAGCACAUCCUAAUACAAGUAUCUGGAUUUUUAAAUCUGGACUUUGUCAAUUAGUAACUUUUAGCUGGGAAAGUAUAGGACGGAACCAGAGCUUCUCAGGAUGACUGUAAGUUAGCUUCCAUUCCCUUGCUGUGUGAUCACCUCCCCAACUACAAUACAGUGUCUGGGAAGAAGCCUGUCUGUGAUCUUUUACCGAGCUUUUUGAGAAAGAAAUAUUAUAUAUUGUUUUACUAAAAUUUACUGAAAUAAAGAACCAUUCAAAUCUUCA